GUUCAUAAAUACUGCAGUGUAUCUAUCCUCUGGCGCUAGUAGAGGGUUUUAACGUGAAAGCGAAGGUGGAGGAGUGUCUGUUUUAAUUUUAUACGGAAAUAUGGCUUCUGAUUCAGGCUACGGGCAGCCUGGAGCCCCACAAAGCUAUGGAUCCUAUGGUGGAUCCCAGGGCUAUAGUGGGCAGGGUUAUGGUCAAGGUAAUGGAAGCAGCACGUAUAGUGGACAGAACUAUGAGGGUUAUGGAGGACAGUCGGAGAGUUUUGGCCAGUCAUCACAGGCUUACUCUGGCUAUGGACAGCAACAACAAAGUUAUGAAGGUUAUGGGCAACAAAGCUCUGACUCUUCAUCGGGGUAUGGAGACAAGUCCUAUGGACAACAGAGUACUUAUGGUCAACAAAGCUCUUAUGGGCAGCAGUCUGAAGGAGGCCAGUCUGGGGGAUCAUUUGGAGGUCCGUCAGCAGGUUAUGGAAGACGUAAUGAAGGUGAAAGCAGGCGGUUUGGUAGUGGUGAUGAAGGAAGCGACAGGUCUGAGGGGUACAGGGGCAGAGGGCGUGGCGGCUUUGACCGCGGAGGCUUUGAACGUGGGGGCUACGAUCGUGGUGGCUUUGAACGUGGGGGUUACGAUCGUGGUGGCUUUGAACGUGGGGGCUACGAUCGUGGUGGCUUUGACCGAGGUGGAAGAGGAGGAGGAGGCCCGCCCUCUGGUGUGGGUGGUGGUGACCGUGGUGGCUACAAAAAUUACGGUGGACCCAGAGACUAUGGUCAAAGGGAUGAUGCAGGUGAAGAACAGGACAACUCUGACAACAACACAAUCUUUGUCCAAGGCCUUGGAGAGGAUGUCACAACUCAUGAAGUUGCUGAAUUCUUCAAACAGAUUGGAAUCAUUAAGGUAAAUAAGAAGACUGGCAAGCCUAUGAUUAACCUGUACACUGAUAAAGCCACUGGUAGACUGAAGGGUGAAGCCACAGUCUCAUUUGAUGACCCUCCUUCUGCUAAAGCUGCCAUUGAUUGGUUUGAUGGCAAGGAGUUCAAUGGAAAGCCCAUUAAGGUGUCCUUUGCCACCAGGCGGGCCGAGUUCUCCCAGAGAGGAGGAGGAGGGCGAGGGCGUGGAGGUUUCAGAGGACGAGGAGGCUUUGGUGGAGGUCCCAAUUUUGAUGUUAAAGGAGGAGACUGGCUUUGUCCCAACAGCUCUUGUGGAAACAUGAACUUUGCCCGGCGACAUGAAUGCAACAAAUGUGGUGCACCAAAACCUGGAGACAGUUUUGGAGACCGUGGUGGUAGAGGAGGCUUCGGUGGUGACCGUGGUGGUUUCCGAGGUGGAAGAGGUGGUUUCCGUGGUGGAGACCGUGGCAGUUAUGGAGGUGGAGAUCGUGGAGGUUAUGGAGGUGGAUACAAGAUGGGAGGAAGAGGAGAGCACCGAGAGGAAAGAAGAGACCGGCCCUACUAAAGGAAUAAACUGGACUUCGUUCCAAACCAGGGAGCUGGGGGGGAGGGAGGGGAUGUAGUGGGGAAUAAAGUAAAGGAUGGGUCCAUUUUUCCACAGUCUCCAUAACUCUUUUGCCAGAGUGUCUUGUGUAUUGCUUCCAGUGGCUGUUUCUGUCCAGUAGGAUCAAUGUCCAUCUACUGUUUAAGGACUCUGGUUUGAGAUGACUGGGAACCUGAAGGGGGAGGGAGGGAUGAGGGUGUGCUAGGGGUAAUUUGCUAUUUUUGUUACUUUUUAAUUUUCCUGACCUGGUAAAAUUCAUGUUUAGUAUGUGGUAGACACGUUAACAAGUUUGUCAUUGUUUUUUUUGUAAGACUGAAAUGAACUGUUUUACUUGGGAUUUUCCUUUUUGGAAGUGAUAUUAAACAUGAUUCUAAUCUUA